AUGUCUUCCCAUAAAACUUUCAGAAUCAGGCACUUUCUGGCUAAGAAGCAAAAGCAGAACUAUCCUAUUCCUCAGUGGAUUCAGAUGAAAACUGGUAAUAAAAUUAGGUGCAACUCCAAGAGGAAACACUGGAGAAGAACAAAGCUGGGUCUAUAAGGA